AUGGAGCACCUGCGAGUGCUCAAGGAGGAGGUGGAGAUCAUGGAAGAGGAGGAAUCUCCUGAGGCGCACAAGAACGUUGUCCUCUCAAAUCCAACUCCUCCUACCAGUGAUGUUUUGGGUGCCAUGAGACCCCUUAUUGGGAAGUUGGACAUGCUUCUCCUUAGGGAUGCUCCUCAGAAAUGCUGCUCCAAGAGGAUCAAGGACAGGAUGCGCCUCCUCAAAGAUGAUGUUCAAAAGAUAAGUUCCUACCUUGAUGAACUAUUAGAGUUGGAAGACCCUCCGCCAAUGGCCAUGUGCUGGAUGAAUGAGGCACGUGACCUGUCUUACGACAUGGAGGAUUACGUCGACAGCUUAUUAUUUGUGCCGCCUGAAGAUCCCUCCCUUUUUGCUAACAACAUCAAGGCCACCAGAUCCCUCCGCAAAUGGUCCAGUCGUGUCAAGACUUCCCAGACUCAGGUUAUUAGUGCAGAAACAUUAUCGGAAUUCAGGAAGUAUGUCCAGGAGGCCAUUCAACGGCACCAGAGGUACAAUCUCCAUUCUUGCAGAACCUUGAGGCGUAGAUUUGUGUUGCAUGGCCCUAUGGUUCUUCCAAGGCCAUAUGAAGAAACUACAGACAUAGUAAUCGAUGGCCGGAUGAAUGAAUUUAUCAACUCGCUGGCUACCGAUGGGGACCAGCAGCUCAAGGUGCUUUCUGUUCUUGGAUCUGCUUGUAUUGGUAAAACCACACUUGCUAGAGUGUUGUACAACAGACUUAGGAAGCAAUACAAUUGCCGAGCUUUCAUUCGAGUAUCCAAGAAACCUGAUACAAAGAAAAUUUUCUGUGACAUGCUCUCGCAACUCAAGCGGCAACAUCCUCCGCAACAUUGUAGGGAAAUUGAUCUCGUUCACGAUAUCAAGCAAUAUCUACAAGAUAAAAGGUAUUUAAUUAUUAUUGAUGAUGUAUGGGCUGCAUCAGUAUGGGAUACUAUUAAUCAUGUUUUUCCAAAGGGUAAUCAUGGCAGCAGAAUAAUAACAACUACACAGAUCGAAGAUGUUGCAUUAACAUGUUGCUGCUAUCAGUCAGAGUAUGUUUUUGAGAUGAAAUACCUAGAUGAUGAUCAUUCUAGAAAGCUUUUCUUUAACAGACUAUUUUGCUCUGAAAGAGAUUGUCCUGAACAGUUCAAAGAUGUUCUAAAUGAAAUUGUUGAAACAUGUGAUGGUUUGCCGUUAGCCACAGUUAGCAUAGCAAGUGUUUUAGCAAGCCAGCCUGUCAUGUCAAUUGAUCUUUUGACAUACAUCCAUCGGUCGUUAAGCUCUUGCUUCUCGGCAUUAGAAAGAACUAGACAAGCACUGAAUCUGAGCUUCAACAGUCUUCCUCAAUAUUUGAAGACAUGUUUGCUUUAUCUUAGUAUGUAUCCAGAGGGCUACACAAUCUUGAAGGAUGAUUUGGUGAAGCAAUGGGUGGCUGAAGGUUUGAUCUAUACAACAGAAGGGCAAGACAUCGGGAAAGUUGCAGAAAGCUAUCUCGAUCAACUUCUUGGUAGAAGAUUCAUCCAACCGAUAUGUGUCAACUACAACAAUGAGGUGUUAUCCUGUGCAGUGCAUGGCAUGGUACAUGAUCUUAUUGCACACAAAUCUGCAGAAGAGAAUUUCAUUGUGGCAAUAGACUACAGCCAAAAGAAUGUGCCACUCUCUCAAAAGGUCCGUCGACUAUCUCUCCUCUUUGGUAAUGCAAAAUAUGCCAAGACACCAGCAAACAUCACAAAGGCACAAGUUCGGUCACUUGGAUUUUUUGGAUUACUCGAGUCUAUGCCUUGUAUUACAGAGUUCAAGCUUCUUCGUGUCCUGAACCUUCAACUGUUCGGUCAUGCUGGCGAUGACGACGGCCCUGUAGACCUCACUGGAAUUUCAGAAAUGUUUCAACUGAGAUAUAUGAAGAUUGCAGGUAAUGUCUGCAUAAAACUGCCAAACCAUGUGCUACGAUGUUUGGAAAUACUGGAUAUUGCGUAUGCAAGAGUUGCUUGUGUUCCACGAGAUAUCCAUUUACCAAACUUGUUACACCUUGGUCUUCCUCUUGAUAAAAAUCUGCUGGAUUGGAUUAACAGCAGGAUGUCUCUCAGUGUGGAGAGAGUACGCAAGCUGCAGGAUCUUCACCUGACCAGAUCUUCUGCACUUUCUUCUGACCAUCUGAAUAGAAGCAUGAGUUCUAUUUUAUCUUUACUUGGAGGACAUGGCAACCUGAAAACUUUAGUAGUGGCUCAUGGCUCAUCGGCUAAAAAUUCUCUUGGCGUUUCAGACGUCACCCUGUCAUGUGAUCUGCUGGCACCCCCACUUCUCCAGAGAUUUGAAUUCUCGCCACAUAGCCGUAUCUUGUUCUCAAGAAUUCCUCUGUGGAUUGAGAAACAUGGCAACCUAAGAAUUUUGAAGAUUGCAGUGAGGGAACUGCAGAUGAGUUGUGUUGAUAUCCUCAGAGGAUCGCCUGCCCUCACUGCUCUCUCUCUGUAUGUGGAGAAGGCGCCCUACGAAAAGAUCAUCUUUGACAAGGCUGGGUUCUCGAUUCUCAAGUACUUCAAGUUGAGGUUCACGAGUGACAUAGCUUGGAUAAAAUUUGAGAAAGGUGCAAUGCCUAAUCUCUGGAAGCUCAAGCUAGUUUUCAAUGCCAUCCCCUCUUUUGAAAAAGAUGGUACUGCACUCAUCAGCAUCGAGCAUAUGCCAGGCCUUAAAGAGAUCUCCACAAAAUUUGGGGGUGAAGCUCCUGAUCUAGAGUAUGCCUUGAGGACCUUGGUUAGUAAUCAUCCGACCAAUCCUAUAAUUAACAUGCCAUCAAAUAAGACUCUGGGGGGAGAACAACGACAUAGGAAUCUGGAGCAAGAAUCAGAUGAGAUUCUGAAGGAAGAUCCAUAUGGGAAUCUGGAGCAAGAAUCGGAUGAAAUUCUGGAGGAACAAGAGCCAGAUGAAUACGAUGAGAGAUUAGAGAGGCGACAGGCUGAUAAAAGGAUUUCAAGGUCAUCAGAUCCAUCUUCGCGUCUACAUGUUCUAGUACCAGUUGGUGCUUCUGAGAUGGGAAGUGAGCCUGAUGUGGAAAUCCCUGUGGCACCAACUACUAAUGAUAACAUGAUGUUGUCGGUCAAUCUCGAAGCAUUUGCUAGGGAAAAUUAUCCGAGCACUAACUUGGAAAGUUCUGUAAAGGAGAUGGAAAGAGUGGCAGGUUUAGAGGAUCAUCAGAUGGAAGAUAGCACACAGAAAAAGCAGAGCAAAGAUGAGGCGGACGAAGACUCAUCCAUCCACUCACCCCGGCGAGGGAGCCCUACACCGCCGCUGCUGUUGAAGAAGCCGGGAAAGAUCGCUCUCCCCUCCCACGAGUCCACCAUGGGCAGAUUCUUCUGGGCUCCAGCGCGGGACGGGGACAGGAUGCAGAUCGGGAUGUUCAAGGACGGCGACGGCAACCUGCUCGUCAACAAGGACGGCCUCCGCAUCACCCCGCAGACCGAGGAAGGCGAGGCUCCUCCUAUAGAGCCGUUAGAUAACCAUCAGUUGAGCAUACAUGAUCUGGAAGUAAUCAAAGUGAUUGGGAAAAGUAGUAGUGGAACCGUGCAAUUGGUGCGCCAGAAAUGGACUGGCCAGUUUUUUGCUCUCAAGGUUAUACAACUCAAUAUUCAGGAAAGCAUACGCAAGCAACUUGCCCAGGAGUUGAAAAUAAGUUUGUCAACACAGUGUCAAUAUGUUGUCACAUGCUAUCAGUGUUUCUAUGUCAAUGGUGUCAUUUCUAUUGCUUUGGAGUAUAUGGAUGGAGGCUCUCUGGCUGAUUUCCUGAUGACUGUUAGAACCGUUCCAGAGGCCUACCUUGCUGCAAUUUGUAAGCAGGUGUUGAAAGGACUGAUGUACUUGCAUCAUGAGAAGCGCAUUAUACACCGAGAUCUGAAACCAUCAAAUAUAUUAAUAAAUCAUAGGGGUGAAGUAAAGAUAUCAGAUUUUGGUGUUAGUGCCAUCAUUUCUAGUUCUUCUACACAGCGAGAUAUAUUUACUGGCAUAUUUAACUACAUGGCGCCAGAAAGAAUCAGCGGGCAGAAACAUGGUUAUAUGAGUGACAUAUGGAGCUUGGGCCUAGUUAUGCUGGAAUGUGCCACUGGCAAUUUCCCAUAUCCUCCUCGUGAUAGCUUUUAUGAACUUCUUGAAGCUGUUGUCGACCAACCAUCACCUUCUGCACCAUCAGACCAGUUUUCACCAGAGUUCUGUUCAUUCAUUUCUGCGUGCAUGCAAAAAGAGGCUACAAAUAGGUCAUCUGCACAAAUCCUAUCAGCUCAUCCAUUCCUGAGCAUGUACAACGACCUGAAUAUUGAUCUGGCUGACUACUUCAGGACCGCGGGAUCUCCACUUGUCACCUUCAAUAACCCGCAAUAUUUGAAAUGUUAG